AUGGCGGGAGGGAUGAAACCAGCGCCGGGGACCCUGGUGCUGCUGCUGCUGCUGGCGCGGGGCGCGGGCGCCGCAGAGGCCAAGAAGCGGGUGAUCCAACUCGAAGAAGGGCACGUGUACCAUCUGACGUUCCCACAGCCAUUCUGCUACACCAACACGGAGACCCCGAAAUGGCACGACAUCUGGACCCGGAUGCAGAUCCGAGUCAUCAGCAACCAGAUGAUCCGUGUCACCCAGGUGGAAAACGAGGAGAAGCUGAAAGAGCUGGAGGAAUUCAACAUGUGGAACUUCGUCUUCGCCUUCUUCAAAGAGACGCUGAACGACACCUACAUCCCUGUGGGACUCUAUAGCCAGAAAACCUGCCUGAAAAUUGAGCUGCCAGAGCCAAACACCACCUACAGCGUCGUCCUCCUCCGGUGGUUUGACCCCAAGCUCUGCCUGGUUUCCUUCCUGGGCCUGCUCCUGUUUUUCUCUGGGGAUUUACUGAGCAGGAGUCAGCUAUUCCAUUACUCGGCUGGGAUAAGCAUCGGGGUGCUGGCCUCGCUGCUGAUCCUCAUCUACGUGAUGGCCAAGGUGAUGCCCAAGAAAAGUCCCAUCUACUUCGUCCUAGUGGGAGGCUGGUCCUUCUCCCUCUACCUCAUCCAGCUGGUCUUCAGAAACUUGCAAGAGAUCUGCAAGUCCUACUGGCAGUAUCUGCUGGGCUACAUGCUGCUGGUGGGUUUCGCCAGCUUCGCCGUGUGCUACCGAUACGGCCCGCUGGAGAACGAACGCAACAUCAACCUGCUGACGUGGAGCCUGCAGCUCCUGGGCUUGCUGCUCAUGUACGUGGGGAUCCAAAUCCGGCCCAUCGCCCUGGCGCUGAUCGCCAUUGCCGUGUGUACCAAGAACCUGGAGUACCCCGUCCAGUGGCUCUGCGCCACUUACAGGAAGGUGCAGAAAGCCACAGCGAAGCCGAGCCCCCCUCGCCUGCUGACCGAGGAGGAGUACCGGCUCCAGGGGGAGGUGGAGACGCGCAGGGCCCUGGAGGAGCUGCGCGGAUACUGCAGCAGCCCAGAGUUCUCCGCUUGGACUGUGGUUUCCCGCAUCCAGUCUCCGAAGAGGUUCGCCGACUUUGUGGGUGGUGCCUCCCACCUCAUCCCAAACGAGGUCUCCGUCCACGAGCAGGAGUAUGGCCUGGGGGGCUCAUUCGUGGAGGACCAGCUCUUUGAGGAAGACGAAGAUGACUCUUUUGAAGGGGAGGAUCGCGCAGGCUUCUCUGUGUCCCAGAACCACCUUGGCUUCGAGUGAGGGAGCCAUGCAGCUGGAUUUGGCGGUGGAGGUGCAGCAGCGCCCUGCUGGCGUGUGGUACAAUCACUGCUCUCUGAGCGCGCACGCGUGUGUGUGUGUGUGUGUGUGUGUAAAGCCCAGUCUGUCCGUGCGAGUGCACAAGAGCCAGCCAGGCUGGCAUUGCCUCCUGCUGGACCCAGUGACAUGGGCAGUCAGGGGGAUUGAACUCCACCCAUCUGACCUGGCAGCGUUUUGCCCUCUGGCUGGCACCAGACCUGGUCCCUCUCCCGGCUGCACGGCACUUGUCCUCUUCCUAGCUUUCCGCAGUGGGGGAGACGCUGAAGGAUGUGUGGGGCGGGGAAGGGGUGUUCUGGGGGCACUUCCCUUCUGGGGAAUCCACACGACACUUUGCAGCCUGCCAGUGGAGCUUGGCCCAGCCCUGUCUGGGGCAGAGGGGAAUAGGGACUGCUUGUCUGAGCUGCCCCCAGCCUGACUUCAGUUGGACUGGGAAAGCCCCCCCAGGCUGUCCUGAACCCAGGCAGGGUCUCUGUGGGGCAGGAUUCUGCACAGACCUGUGUGGUACCUCCCAUAAAGCUGGUUGAAUUGGCCCGUCUCCUCCUGCUGGCAGCCAUGGAGACAAUUUCAUUCUCCUGCUCCGCUGGGGCUCAGUGGCGCGGGAGGGGGGCAGCACCCAGGUGAUGGCAGAAGAGCAGCUGCCACGCCCAGUGGCUGCAGGAGUGCUCGGCCCCCUGCCCGUAGCAGGGUGGCUUUCCUGGGGCACAGGGGUCCCCCUUGGGUGCUGAGCUGAGCCCAGCCCCUUUCCUCUGUGCAUCCUGCCCCUAGCAGACAAAAUAACCCCACUUUCCACUGGCCCCCGCCCCCACCUCCCUGUCCUGUGGCCAUGGCUCCUGGCCUGCUGCCCCCUCCUGGCUGUCAGCGGGCUGCACCUGGCUGCUCUGAGAGCCGGGGCGUUAGCCGGGUUACAGGCAGGCAUGGGGGUGGGUGGGGAGAGGGCUGCCCGUGGGGACAGGAACUUGAUCUCUUCCUCCUCCCGCUGGGAGCCGGGUUUGUUUGCACAAGAGGGGAACUUUGGACCUGCUGUGCUGACAGGUGCGUGCCGGGCAGCUGACUUCCUGUUCCCCUGCUAGGAAAGGCUGCCAGGUCCCCUCAUCAGUAAUGGGUUGGGGGGCAGGAACAGCUUCCUAACACCAGAGGGACCAGAGGUCUCCGAGUGCCUCUUGGGCCCAGCAUCCUUGAGCGUCUCCCUGUGGAGGUGGAGGAAACCCUUGGCUUCAGGAUCUGUGUGUCUGAAUGGUUCCUGCUCACCUGCUUUGUUUGUGGUUCAUUUACUUAUGUCCACAGGGCUCCACAGCCAGAGACUCUUUAACUGCUUAGUGCCCCUGUCUCUACCCCCUCAGCGUCAGUCGCGGGGCUCCCUAAGCCCCUGUUCCAGGCCUGACCCUUUCAGCCUUUCUGCCUAGGGUGUCCUGUGCGAAUGUGCCCGGUAAGGGGUCCGUGUCCCGCACAGCCUCUGGUUCAGCUCCACGUCCCCUCUAACCUGGUAGCAAGCAGCCGGGUGCCCUGGCACGUCCUGAGACGCUCCCCCCAGCCCUCCAUCUGCCUGCGCUGCUUCCAUCUUUGCUGCUCCCUGGAGGAGUCCCAUCCCCUGAGCAGGGUGGGCAGAGCACUGCCCUGCCAGCUGCGUUUCCUGAGCUCUGUGUGGGGUAGGAAGCCCAGGGGUGCUUGGCUGCGCUGGGUAAGGGCAUGUCCCUGAACUCCGGCCCAAAGGGCAGGGAGCAGAGGGAGAGGCUGGCUAUGGGGAUUAGCGCUCUCCACAUCCAGCUGUGGGGGGUGAACGUGGCAGCAGGCGAGGGGCUGCACCCGAGCCCUCGGGUGGAUGGAACAGAGUUCUGACCCGAGGGGGCAGGGAGUUGGCUGUGUGUGCUAACGCUGGAGAUCCUGCUUGCGGCUUUCCAGGCUGCCUAGCCCACUCACUCGCUUCCCAGAGCUGUUAAUGGGAGCUGUGGGGCUACGGGUGGGAGUCUGACGUUACCAAAGUGAUUUAGGAGCACAAAUCCCAUUCAUUCCAACAGGGCUCAUGCUCCUAAGUCCAUUGGGCGCUUCUGAAAGUCUCCCCAGGAUUGCUGCUUUGAAACCCCCCGCCGCAGAGUUCUCUCGUUAUUUCCAAGAAGCUUCUCUCGGUAAACAUAGCGACACGAGCUCCCAGCCCCGAGUCUGUCGUCGCUCGCAGUGAUGCGCUCGAGGGGCCGCUUGGCCUGGGGGAGAGACCCGCUAAACCCAGGCUGUGCUAAAUGGUCAAACUAGUGGUGGGGGGUCCAACCUGCCACCCUCUAAGGAGUCAGACUCCCAGAUUUUUUUUUUUUGCAAAUCAGGCCCAUUUAAGUGGCCUCCACCUGAACCCCGAAAGCCUGCAGGCUGCUUGUGCCUUAGCCCUGAGCCAGUGCAGAAAGUGGCUGGGCAGAACUGUCCUGUCUCAGCUGAUGUGGGUUCAUUGCGUGACAAUGGCCCCAUGUGGGGCUUGUGUGACUAUGCAAAGUGUCAGGUCGUGAGCCAGAGUGAAUGUGGAAGGGCCCAGGCCAGCGUGGAACUGGGCGGGUACAGGAGCACCAGGCAGAGUGCCCCAGGCCUCAGUUAAUCCUGUGGCGCUGGCGGGAGGGGGCAAGGCCAGCUGGUCACCUGCCGUAGGUGGAGUAGGCCGCACUUCUCGCUCUGGGAGGCG